AAAAAAAAAAAAACAAAAACAAAAACAAAAAAACAAAAAAACCAAACAAAUACGAAACACAACCCUGGAGUGUUAGGGGGAGAGUGAAGGUAGAGGGGUGAGGGAGGGGUAAGGGGCAGGGCUGCUUUGGAGCUGGGGGCUCUCACCAGCUUUCAUCCUCUACAACAGAGCAGCUUCCCAGACUUCUCCAGAAAUCGGGGAACGGGAGGGAGGGUUGUUGGCAAGGGCUGGGCAUGGCUUUUCCUUGGCUAGCCACACACCUAAGCGCUACAGACAGGGAGGCAGGUGCCACCCUGACCCCUCUCUUCCAUAGCAAUGGGAAGGUGAUGAGUAGGGGGGCCCUGGGGAGAUGUGACCCGCAGAAGGCAAUGCAGCCGUGCGGGGACCUAGGUUGUCAACCUGGGGAGGACACAUGUCCCUGUAAGGAAGAGUAGAUUUGGGGAGGAAGGAUGGAGGUGGACUGCCACCCCGCUUUCCUACAAAUGAACAAAGCCGGGCCCUUUCCAUAGGAACCGCCCUUGGGGACAGCAGCGUGUGGCUGCUCCUCCUUGCUCCAGCAGUGGUGGGAGAGGCACUGCUCUCGGGCCUGAACUGCCCCUGCUUCCCUGCGCUGAGGGGGCCCCUCAUCUUACGCAAGACUCUGGAUUGUUGCUCAGCAACUACUCCUCCCACCUUGGCCACCCUGUGUCCCCUUCCUGGUCCCAACAUCAGCCCUUAGUCCUUCGUCCCCCAGCAGCCAGGCAGACAUAACAACAAAUCUACUAAAAGGAGCUUCACUGCACUGAGCUGUCUCCUGCCCAAACUAAGGGAAUAAUGUGAACUGUGUGCAUGCGUGUGGUGUGUGUAGUGUGUAUGCAUGUGUGUGUGUGUGUGUGUGUGUGUGUGUGCAUGUGCGUCUGAGUGAGAGGCAGAGCAAGGGACUGAGGAGGAGGGCCAAGAGCCAGGGGUCCUGGGCAGGUGGACAGGGCUGUGGGACAUGUUGGGGGGGUAGCUUUGGGAAUGGGGUCUUCCUAGUCAGGGUUCAUGCCUCAGCUGGGAGGUUGUUCCAUUCAGGUGUUCCUUCUGCCACCCCUGAUGCCUAUCCGUCUUGGAGAAAGGAGUCCUUGGGUGUGUGUUUGCCCAGCUGUCCAUUCCACCUCUCCCUGAAACACUCAGCAUUCAGCCCUUCCCUGGAUUUCCCUCUUCUGAGCCAUGGAGUCAGUGCCACAGCCUUUGCUAUGCACCCCUCAGGCCUCUCCUUGGCAUUGACCCUGGAAUGACCUGCCACCACCUAUUUUUCCCACAGUCUGUACGCAGUGAAUUGAGGGCUCGGUCCCCACCCCUCCUUUUAGUUACCGGUCUUCCGUCUCCCGGCCCCAGCUGGUUGCCAUGGAAAUGCGGUUCCUGGUCCUCCCUGUCCUGGCUGGACUGCCCUGCCUCAGCUCCAGGAUGCCCUUGGCAUCGCUCCCUCCCUCCGCCAGCUUUUCCUCUGUGCCCUGACAACGGGCAGGCGAAAAGGGGCAGCUGCGAUCUGGCAGGCCUGCCCACCCCCCUUCAGUUCAGGUACUACCCUUGUGAAUCUUCCAGCCGCUGGUGAGGGCCCUGGGCACCACGGGCAGCCCCUCACCUAAGCCAGGGCCUACUCCUCUCACAACAGUAAGGGAGCCUGGGACCCCAGGCCUGCCAAGCUUCCUGUCUCCCAGCACCCGCUUUUGGGAAAAUGACUUUUCCUCUUUGAGCUGAACCACUCUGUCCAUAUUACACAGAAGCCAUAUUUGUACGGGGUGGGGGGGUGGGAGGGAGAGGGGCUGUUGUGCUGUGUGUGUCUGUCCAGGGAUGGGAGGGUGGGGGAAGGGAGCAGGGAGGGACCGUGUAUCUUUAUAAUCUUUCUAACUCUCCUGUGCUAAUCUCAGAGGGGCCACCCUCAAUAUAUCUGGAUUAUCCAUGUCAUUCGGCUGCCUCCUUUCUGCUCCUCUUGCUGCUGCUGGGACGUGUGUAUGUGAGGACUGUUCCCAUACCCCUUGCACGUGGUGCCUGGUGCCUCGAAAGGUGGUGUGUCCCUUGCCAGGCCACUCUCAAGGAUAUCUAUGUACAGCAACAAUAUAACUCUCCAUGGGAGAGAAGUGUGUUCACCUCCUUUUGCUAAGCCCUUCCUUUCCGGAGAGUAUCUUGGGGGGGCGUCUGACUGCUUCCCCCCACCCUCUGCCAGGCAUUGCUGCAGAAUGUUGAGACGGCGAUGGAGGCACCAUCAACCCCACCCUGGAGAGCAUCACUAGACACCACCAGACUAAAUUCACUUUCCAGCCCGUUCAUGUCGAACCUGAAACUUGAGCGAGUGACUUGGGAGAAAAGGGGGGAAAUCUCUAUGAGCACAGGCACUGACAGCCGUUCCAGCCCUUCUGUCUGCCGGCCCUGAACCAAACGGUGCCAUGGGGAACUGUCUGCACCAGGCGGAGCUCUCCCCCUCAACUGAGAACUCAAGUCAGCUGAACUUGGAAGAUUUAUGGAAUUUUUCCUAUAAUGGGAAUGAUUCCUUCCCGGAGAUCGACUACGAUGCCAGCCUGGCAGCAGCUGCCCCCUGCCACUCCUGUAGCCUGCUCAACGACUCCUCACUGCCCUUCUUCAUCCUCGCCAGUGUCCUGGGCAUCCUAGCCAGCAGCACUGUCCUCUUCAUGCUUUUCAGACCUCUCUUUCGCUGGCAGCUCUGCCCUGGCUGGCCUGUCCUGGCGCAGCUGGCUGUGGGCAGUGCCCUCUUCAGCAUCGUGGUGCCCAUCUUGGCACCAGGGCUAGGUAACACCCACAGCUCCGCCCUGUGUAGCCUGGGCUACUGCGUCUGGUAUGGCUCAGCCUUUGCCCAGGCUCUGCUGCUAGGGUGCCAUGCUUCCCUGGGCCCCAAACUGGGUGCAGGCCAGGUCCCAGGCCUUACCCUGGGCCUCACUGUGGGACUUUGGGGAGCGGCUGCCCUGCUGACACUACCUAUCACCUUGGCCAGUGGCGCUUCUGAUGGACUCUGCACCCCGAUAUACAGCACGGAGCUGAAAGCUUUGCAGGCCACUCACGCUGUCGCCUGUUUUGCCAUCUUUGUCUUGUUGCCAUUGGGUUUGUUUGGAGCCAAGGGGCUGAAGAAGGCGUUGGGUAUGGGGCCAGGCCCCUGGAUGAAUAUCCUGUGGGUCUGGUUUAUUUUCUGGUGGCCUCACGGGCUGGUUCUGGGACUGGAUUUCCUGGUGAGGUCCAAGCUGUUGCUACUGCCAACAUGUCUGGCCCAGCAGGUGCUGGACCUGCUGCUGAACCUGGCAGAAGCCCUGGCAAUUGUACACUGUGUGGCUACACCCCUGCUCCUGGCCCUGUUCUGCCACCAGACCACCCGCACCCUCUUGCCCUCCUUGCCCCUCCCUGAAAGAUGGUCUUCUCCUGUGGACACCCUUGGAAGCAAAUCUUAGUUCUCUUUCCACCCGUCAACCUGAAUUAAAGUCUACACUGCUUUUGUGAA